GAAGUGUAAGCGUCUCCAUUUCCGGCUCACCCGUCACCCAGGCCGGGUCGCUUGGCAGUUGCCAUGACUCCCGGCGCCCAGCGCCUGACGCCCUCCGCGGCGCGGACUGAUGACGCAGCGGCUCCGUCGCCCGCUGAAGGUGGGGGAGCCGGGGAGGAGGGAAGUAGCUUGGUGUGGCAGGGUCAUGAAGAAGAGGCGGCGGUGGGCGAGUGGCGGCGGCGGCGGUGGCGGGGGCGCACAGCGGCGGUAGCUGCCUGCUCGGGGAGGGAAGAGUCGUUCCUAACCCGUGGGCGUCGGGGCCGGGGCCGGGGCCGGGGCUCGGGGCCUUCUCCCCGGGCCCCCGGGCUCCGCCAUGAUCCGCAGGGCACGCCUUAGCGUGAAGCCGAACGUCAGGCCGGGUGUCGGUGCCAGGGCCGCCGGCACCGCCGUCCUUCCGCGUGGACGGGAGCCCCGCAGGCCGCCAGAGCCCGCCGAGCCCGCCGAGCCCCCCGAAGUCCCCGAGCCCCCCGAAGUCCCCGAGCCCCCCGAAGCGCCCGCGGCCGAGCCCCCGGAGAAGGCGCCCGAGCGCAGUGAUGAAAAGAUUGAUGGUGGGAAUGAUGUUGAAGAAUCCAGUCAACCUCCUGCCGUUCCGCAGAGAAGAAAGCGAGUGUCGGGCACGUCUGGUGUCCUUCAGGCAGAUGUCACGGUUCCUUCAGAAUGUCCUCCUGUGUCCACCGCUAACGAGGAUGCUGCACAGCCAGACCCCGUUCCGGCAAAGGAGAAGCCGCCGUGCUCAGACCGCUACCGAAUAUACAAAGCCCAGAAGCUGCGGGAGAUGUUAAAAGAAGAGCUGCGCAAGGAGAAGAAACAGUGGAAGAACAAAUGUGCUAUAAGUGAAUGUCAGAAGCCGCUGGAUCGUUCAAAAAUGACUAUGAGAGACUUCAUAUAUUACCUACCAGAGAGCAACCCAAUGACUUCUUCACUGGAACAGGAAAAGAAAACGGAGAAAGCAUUGCCUUCAGUCCAGACCAAAGAGCAAGAAAAUAAGAACACUGCAGAUGCAGAAGGCAGUGAAGAAGUGGAAGAGGAGGCAGAUGAAGGGCCAUUGCUGGUCCCUCGAGUGAAAGUGGCCGAAGAUGGUUCUAUUAUUUUGGAUGAAGAAAGUUUGACGGUAGAGGUUUUAAGGACAAAAGGCCCCUGUGUUGUUGAGGAGAAUGACCCUAUAUUUGAGCGUGGUUCCACAACUACAUACUCCAGCUUUAGGAAAAGCUGCUACUCUAAACCAUGGUCAAACAAAGAAACAGAUAUGUUUUUUCUAGCCAUCAGCAUGGUAGGAACUGACUUUUCUAUGAUUGGACAGCUUUUCCCUCACAGAGCAAGAACGGAAAUUAAGAAUAAAUUUAAACGUGAAGAAAGAACAAAUGGCUGGAGAAUUGAUAAAGCCUUCCAGGAAAAGCGUCCUUUUGACUUCGAUUUUUUUGCUCAUUUGCUUCAGAAAGUUCUUGCUGAGGAAGAGAAAAGAAAACAAAAAUCGGGUAAAAGCCACAGUGUAAAGGAGAAGGAGGCUUCCAAAUCAACGAAACACGUGAAAGCAAAAAAAGUUGCCAGUGAAGAUGCCAUCGACGGAGCGGAGGAGUCAGUGAGCGUGGACGGGUGCGCAGGCUCUCCCAAGGGUGCUCAGGCAGUGCCAGAGGAGACUGCGAGCUCGGGAGAGGCUUCAGAACAGGCUGUGUCUGGUCAGGAGAUGAAUCAGAAGAAAAGGAGAAGAAAGACUAAAGAUGAAACUAAUAACAAAGAAGUAAAAAGCCCUUCAGGAAGUGGGAUGGUACAGUCUGGCCUUUCUAAAGGAGAAAAACCUAAGAGUAAGAGCUUGUCACUCGAGCCUGCAGAAACAGAGUCUGUGUGCGGUGAGAGGCAGGAGUUGUCCUGUGUGCAGAGUGUGGAUGCCAGCAUAUGCCCAGUCUCUGGUCAGGAAACCCCAGAGGACACGGACGCCAGCCUUCCAUUCAGUGAUCACCAAGGGGCCCUGGUGGCGGCAGGUGAAUCUUCAGACUUCUCUCCGUCAGGAGUUGAAGUUUCAGCAGCGUGUGCACCAAAUAAUGCUGAGGCUGGCUGUGCAGAAGAAACAGAUGUUGGCACAAACAAUAAAUCAGCGGAUACAGAGCAGACAGAAAAUGUUAAACCGGUAGCGAGAGGUCGGCUUCAGAGACCUAAACCCAGUCUAUCCAGGGCACUUGGGAAGAAAGCUGUUCUUUCACAAGACAAAACAGGUGCCGAGAGGAAGAGUUCACUUUCUGAAACUUCUGUUGAAACGAGUCACGUGGAAAAGGCCACGAUGCCGACGUGUGACGGGGAUGGAAUGGAGCCUCCUGAGAGCGAGAGCCUGCCAGCCGAGCCUGCCUCUGAGCUGAAUGAGAAAGCUUGCCUUCAGGAAGUUAAUUCACCCAAAGCUUUGAAACCUGCACGACUCACAAGGGGCCGACUGCAAAGACCAAAGCCGAAUGUUGCUAAAGUGACUGAAAGAAAGCCUCAGACAUCGCAAGAAAAACCUGGAGCCGCUGCAGAAGAGACUCAGGCUGCAUCCUGUGUUGAUGGUGGUAUUUCUCAACAAGUGGAAGAUCAAUCACGUGAGAAUGUGGAGUGUGGAGACGUCACAUCCGGGCCUGAGAGGAAAGACAGUUCUGGGGAGAUACCGUCAGAUGAGCCCCAGGCUGUCAGUGACUCCCUGAGCGUUCAAGAGAAUGAUGAAACCAAUAUAUGCAAACAAGUCCCCAGUCAAAGGUCUAGAUUUCAGAAAGCAAAGCCAAAUAUAGUAAGAGGAGCUGCAAGAAGAGAAAUUUGUUCAAAGGAAGUGGUCCCCGAGGAGAUUCUUGUCUCUGAGGACAUGACAGCAUCUUUGAGAGAAACCGUGAGACCAGACAGCCUGCCAAGCAGGGAGGCGCCGGUGGAGGUCUCUGCUGUGCAGGAACUGGAGUCAUGUCCAAGAGAAGCUGGAGGAAGCAUCCUCUCUCCAAGGGAGAAAAUACCAGAAAUGGAUGACAUCAUUGUAGACAUGGAAGUGAGCUCAGAAAUUAGUGCAAGAGAGACUUCGCUCGGGGAGGAGGUGUCCGAGGUGAGAGAUGUCGCCGGGGGCGCAGACACGGCUGUGCAGGAUGCCCACACAGGAGAGGGACCCCCACAGGAAGACCUCCCAGAGGAGCUCACAGUUACAGUUGACACAGAGGCAGAUUUGAACCGCGUUGAAAGACAAGUGCCCCCAAGUGAGAUGUUACCAGAGAUGACCGAUGCCAUGGACGAAACAGAGGAAGUUUUGGAAGGAACAGAGUUGUCCACCCAGAUCAAGGCCCCUGAGGGGAUCAGAACUACAGGCGACAUGGAAACAGAUCCAGAAGGAAUUCGAGAAGUUUCCCAAAGGGAAAAUGUACUGGUGGAGGCCAGUGAGGAAAUGGAGUUUCAUUUGGAAGAACAUGGGAAAAAAGACAUUCCCCUAUCAGAAGAGGUACCAGGAAAGCUAACUGCUGUCCAGCACGCAGGGGCGACGUGGGAGCAGACUGGAAGAGCAGUGUCCUUGGAGGAGAGACCCUCUGAGAACAUGAUUGUUCUUGAGGGAGCGGGGGAGGAGAAGCCCGAGGAGACCAGCCCCGCUGGAGAAGCCGAGUUGGAUUCCCUGCAGAGCAGCAGUGCAGACCGGAGAGCCACCGUGCCUCUCCCCGGUCCAGAGAGCGCUGGCCGUGAAGUGCUGUCGGGGAAGUGUUCAACGGCUGUAGAAGAAAGCAGAGAUUCUGGGAAGGAAGGAUCUAGUCCCUUCCCUGACUUGGAGACCCGCUCACAGAUUUCUGCCGACGUCAGUGAAAAAGACGAGCGGGAGCUGCGCCCUCCAGAUGUUGGGAAGCAAUUUUCAGAUGGCACCUUAAGCAUCUCUCUUCCUCAAGAACAGAAGCCAGUUGAAGUUAAACCGGCACCUUUUGUGAGAAGUCGAUUCAAGAGGCCCAAACCGAACCUAGCAAGAGCAGUGUUAAAGAGAGAGGCUGCGGAGGCAGCAAAGUGUGUACCUGGAGAGGAAUCCGAGACUGGUAAAACGGAGGCCGGUGCGGCACCGCGGGACGGUCAGCAAGCUCACACCCCGCCUUGCCAACAUGCUGUGGCUUCCCUCGUGACAUCAAGAGAAAAGGACGCCAGUGCAAGGCUGCCCUGGUCAGAGCCUGCAAAGGGCCAGUCUCCUCCAGCCUCCUCCGAGCCUGCAGAGAGCGCUCAGUCAGCACCAGUCCAGGCACCUGAUGCCAUCCCUUCCAGCGGAAUUCAGAGUAAAAAUGCUAUUCAACAAGAAAGGAAGGAAAAUGUUGCCCAAACUGUUCAACCAAUAAGGGGCCGACUUCAGAGACCCAGACCAAAUUUAAGAAAGGCUGGACAAAGAGAGAUACAAAAAGGUGAAGCCAGCAGUGUGAUUCAGAAAGAAACAGCAAUAUUAAAAAAUGAUGACACUAACGAGAAGUCCCUGUGUGUGCCAAAUUCACAAAUUGGAGCUGAAAUUGAAGCUGUGUCCUCCAAAGUUUCAGAAUGCAGAAUUUAUGAAAAUGAAGGUCAUGAUGUGGUUCCUACAGAAGAUGCUCAAGUUAACAAAAUAAAUAUUUUAGCUGAAGAGAUGAGAGAUGAAAAUAAGCUGUACUUUCCUAGUCCUGAACAAUUGAUAAAAGAGAAAUUCCAAACGACUCAGCUGGAUUUGGGAGCAGCACGGUGUGAGAAAGAGGAGCCAGAAGGGGAAAAAUACACAAUCGAACAGCAUGAGGCGAGCAGCCCCAAAGAUGGUGCCCAGCAGUUUGGAGCCCAGCACUCGGUGCCCAGCAUCUUGGAGCCCAGCAGCUCGGAGCCCAGCAGCUCGGAGCCCAACAGCUCGGAGCCCAGCAGCUCGGAGCCCAGCAGCUCGGAGCCCAGCAGCUCGGUGCCCAGCAUCUCGGAGCCCAGCAGCUCGGAGCCCAGCAGCUCGGUGCCCAGCAGCUCGGAGCCCAGCAGCUCGGUGCCCACCAUCUCGGAGCCCAGCAUCUCGGAGCCCAGCAGCUCGGUGCCCAGCAUCUCGGAGCCCAGCAUCUUGGAGCCCAGCAUCUUGGAACCCAGCAUCUUGGUGCCCAACAGCUCGGUGCCCAGCAUCUUGGAGCCCAGCAGCUUGGUGCCCAGCAUCUCGGAGCCCAGCAUCUUGGUGCCCAACAGCUCGGUGCCCAGCAUCUCGGAGCCCAGCAUCUUGGUGCCCAACAGCUUGGUGCCCAGCAUCUUGGAGCCCAGCAGCUCGGUGCCCAGCAUCUCGGAGACCAGCAGCAUCUUGGAGCCCAGCAUCUCGGAGUCCAGCAGCUUGGAACCCAGCAGCUUGGAGCCCAGCAUCUCGGAACCCAGCAGCUUGGAGCCCAGCAGCUCACGAUUUCUGCUUAAAUUUGAGGAGAAGGCCGAGUUCCUGACGUCUCUGGAGGUUUGCACAGGAAAGAACGAUGCAGGUGCUGCGCGGUCUAGUGUGGCUGAGCAGGAUGCUCAGCUGGGAGCCGGCGGAGAUGGCCGCCCGCACCCCCUUGGUGAGAGCCAGCCUCUCAGGACACCAGCGAGCUGUCUACAACUGACCAAUGAGUCCGAUUACUCUAAAAUUGCUGCUGAUCGAACGCUUACCAUCUCUUCUGGCUCUGAGAGUAAGGUGGGUCAUAACAAAAGGAGAAUACAAAGGAACAUCAAGCCAAAUGUCACCAAAGGACGCGGAUGCAAGCGAAUCCGGGGUAGGCCCUCCAAGAGGGAGCCUAAGACCUCCCGGUCCACACUGGUGACUCUGCGGGCUGGUCAGGAGGAAGAGGAAGAUGAUGCUGAGGAGUUUGACUUCACCGAGGAAGAGACCUGUCAUCUUGCGCCAGAGGAAGUCAACAAGGCUCCCGUGUUCGUGCCCUUGGGUCUCAGGUCUCCCGAACCUGUUUCUGCUCAGAUUGAGGAAACGAUGGAGGAGUUUGAGAUUACCGUGAAUGUUCCAGACAUGGAGUGCGUCGUGGUUGUUGAACCUCAGCUCCCGAACACAGAUGUGACAGCUCAGGAAACGAAACAAGAAGAAAAUGCGAAUGCACCAUCACUUGAAGUAACCAGCAGUGUACAUACCCAAGAUGAGCCAGGUACCAACGACAGAAGUGCUGAAGCCGCCAUAGCUUUACUUACAAUGGGAGAUCUGGUGUUGCAGUCAGAGAUCGGUGCCGAACAGGGGGAUGCAGGUGUGUGUGUGCUUGCUGAUGCUCAUUUGGAGGAGAAGAGCCAUGCUCCCUUUAGUCCAGAUAAUGUCCAUGUCAGAGUCGAUGCUGAGUGUCGGGGUCCUGCUUCACCAGUCACCAGCACAGCUCUUGAAUCGCUUGAAGAAAACAAGAUUGUGUUGGAGGAACAAAGUACGAGAGAAGAAGUUGGUCUAGUGGAAAAAGUCAAGGCAACUGCCACAGCAACCAGUAGUAUAGUAUCUAAAAUGACCAGUAAUUUGAGAAUGAGAAGCAGAUUUGCCAAGCCGAAACCCAAUCUUAAGCAAGCUUCACGGACCAGCAGGAUGCUUAAGGAAGAUGCCAGUUUGUGUGUAACCCAAGAGGUAGUAACAGAGACUCAAAUUGAAACAGAAGAAAGUGCUUCCGAAACAGCAGAAGUGGAAGAUAAAAGCCUUGGACCAAUGCCAAUAGCAGGGAGUGGGCAGCAGAGCAGGGUGGAGUGCGCCCGUGCCCGCAGUGAGACAGGUGCUGCCCAGGAAGCACACGCAGCUGAAAGAAAUGAAGAGCAAGAGGAAGGUUCAGAAUUGGUGCUCGUGCCUCCUGUUGCUCCGCUCGUUUCCUCCUUGGAGCCAGCUGUGCCCAUGCUCGCCAUCAGCCAGAGCUCUGGUGAGGGGCCCCUGAGGCAGGAGUCUGCAGGAGGCAGCGUGCUCGCCGUUCAAGUGCCGCAGCAGUGUACACCAGCCAAUAUUGCAGAAGUCCCCCAUGGGAAUGUCAUCAGCUCUCAAGAUUUAACAGGCUUGAUAGCUGCUGACAUCCGUCCAGAAGAUGAGCAGGCAUUCAUUCUGACUCUGGUGGAAAUCCCAGCCAGCGCAGCCGCAGAAUUUACUGACACCACUGCCCAAUCAGUGCCAGCCUCCUUGCUGCCAGCACCCAUCCUGGUCACGUCAGCGAGCUCUGACGAAAGGGCUGACGGGAGUGUGAAUUUUCCAGUAACAUCACUUCACCAAGGUGCCAUGUAUUUACCAGUUUCUGGAAGAGAUGGUUCUGAGAAGUCUCCUGCUAAUUUGGAUCUCACCACUAGGAAGAGAUUUCAUUGCAGCCUUGAGGAGAGCGAUCAGGUUCCUCCUGCCAAGAAGAGUUCACUCACUUCAAGAAUUCUUCAUCAAGAAUACGCCUCUGGGGUAUGUUCAACGGAAUUAAUAAAUGUCUUGGAUGAAACAGGGGAGUCCUGUAAGGGUCGAGCUGGUUCCCCCACCCUGGGAAGCUCAGUGCAUCCAGACCCUCCAAAGGAACACCUGGAAUCAGCUUGCCGAGGUCUAGUGUCUGGAACUGUCAGUGAAAUCACCAAUCCACAUGGCGAGAAAAGUGUGCCUCAGUGUCCUCGGGUUGAGGUGACUCAGGAAGAAAGAACGGAUGCUGCUUGUGCGUCCCCGCAGGUGGAGAACAAGCCCGCCAUGAAACCGCCCCUGUCCAGACCUCACAGAAAACCCUUGGGAUUUUUGUCUUUAAUAUGUUCAAAAAAAACCAGUCUGGGGUCUGAUGAGCCCACUCAAGUCCAUAGAAAGAAGCGCCUAAAACCUCUGAUCCCUGCAGCAAGACAGAAUGUGAAGAGGUCUGACCCACCAAGUGAGAUCCAGGAGACCAGGCAGGAAUCCCGUGAUGCGCUUCCAGCUCCGAGCGUCGAGGCCGGGUCCCAGCCUCAGGAGACCAGGCAGGAGUCCUGUGACACGCUGCUAGCUCCAAACGCCGAUGCUGGGUCCCAGCCUCAAGAGACCAGGCAGGAAUCCCAUGACACGCUGCUAACUCUGAACGCCAAGGUUGGGUACCAGUCUCAGGAGACCAGGCGGGAAUCCCAUGACAUGCUGCUAGCUCCAAACGCCGAUGCUGGGUCCCAGCCUCAGGAGACCAGGCGGGAAUUGCAUGACGCGCUUCCAGCUCCAAGCGUGGAUGCCAGGUCCCAGCCUCAGGAGACCAGGCGGGAUUCCUGUGACGCGCUUCCAGCUCCAAGCGUGGAUGCCAGGUCCCAGCGUCAGGAGACCGGGCAGGAUUCCCGUGACACGCUUCCAGCUCCAAGCGUGGAUGCCAGCUCCCAGCGUCAGGAGACCGGGCAGGAUUCCCGUGACACGCUUCCAGCUCCGAACGCCGAUGCCGGGUCCCAGCCUGAGAAUCCUGGCGAGUCAGCGGCUCAGGUGCAGGUGUCCUGUGAUAAAGUCCUACUGGGAGAGGGACGUCAGAGUGGGCAGCACGCGGCGCCCGCCGAGGAGCCGACCACCGUCGCCGAGUAUUUCUUCAACGAUAUCUUCAUCGAGGUGGAUGAAGCAGAAUGAGACAGUCUCGGGCCUUGUAUCUUUUGAAAGAGGCUGAUGUUUAGGGACUGAAUUACAUCAACAGAGCAGUUCCCGGAGG